AUGCAGAUCAGGGGCUCACUUCUGGAGUUCUGGUCGUGGCCUACUGUCUUGGGAAGAUCAGGCCAUCAGGGGACAGGGCAGAGAAGCAGAGCUGAGGGCGGGCGAGGCGAGGCGAGGCCGGCGGGCGACGGCGGGCGACGGCAGGCAGAGAACAGAGUUGAGGGCGGGCGAGUCCGGCGGGCGGCGGGCGACGGCGGGAGCGGGCGAGUCCGGCGGGCGGCGGGCGACGGCGGGAAGCGGGCGAGGCCGGCGGGCGGCGGGCGACGGCGGGGAGCGGGCGAGGCCGGCGGGCGACGGCGGUCGGGGAAUCGGCCGCUCGGGGCGUGGCCGCGUGGGGAAUCGCAGGAUGUGCGUGACCUCUCACCUCGACGCUAUCUCUUCCAGGGUCCUUGCUAA